AUGAAAGUCGAUAAACCAGAAACAGUCCAACAAUAUUUAAAAGAACUUAAGAAAACCUUUUACACCAGGAAAACACAGAAGUUAGAAUGGAGAAAGAAGCAACUCAGUCAGAUCGUCCUCGGAUUCAAAGAACUCGAGUCUAAGAUGGCUGCAGCUUUGAAGAAGGAUCUUGGAAGAGAGGAAUUUUGUAGCUUCUUCCAGGAAACUUCCUCUCCUAUUGCUAAAGCUAACGAUGAUAUUAGCAUGCUUGAUCAGUAUGUUAAAGAUGAUAAGAGAGAUACUCCUUUAACUAUUGCUCCAGCUAAAUCAAGAGUAAUCUUUCAGCCUCUUGGAGCGGUUUGUAUUAUGUCUGCAUGGAACUUCCCAUUCAUUACUCUUUUCCUACCGCUAAUCUCAGCAAUCGCAGCUGGAAACUGUGCCUUGUUGAAACCAUCUGAGAUGUCUCCUCACUGCAGUGCAGUAUGCAGAGAACUUGUUGAGACCUAUCUUGAUAAUGAUUGCAUCAAGAUAGUUGAAGGAGGAGCAGAAAUUUCCAUCACUUGCUCACAGUUAAAAUGGGAUAAGAUUUGCUUCACAGGAAGUUCUGAAAAAGGGAAACUUGUUGCUCAAGCUGCUGCUAAAAACCUUGUACCAUGCUUAUUAGAACUUGGAGGAAAAAGUGUUUCUAUUGUAGAUGAAAGUUCAGAUGCUUCCUUUGCUGCUCUGAAGAUUGCUUCAUCCAGAGCUGCCAACUGUGGUCAGAUUUGUAUCAGCCCAGACUAUGUCUUUGUCCAUGAAAGUAAAAAGAAAGAGUUCCUAGAGACUGCGGUUAAGACUUUUAAAGAAUGCCACGGUGAAGAUCCUCAAAAGGAUGAGUUUUACCCAAGAAUGGUGAAUGAGUUCCACACAGAAAGAGUCCUGAAGAUGAUCAAAGGUCACGGAGGGAAGAUCAUACUUGGAGGAGAGGGAGAUAUCAAGGAUAAAUAUAUUGCUCCUACGAUUAUUGAUGAACCAUCCAUGGACUCUGACGUCAUGAAAGAAGAGAUCUUUGGCCCAGUCUUACCAGUUGUCUCAUUCAAAGACAUCCAGGAGGUCAUAGAUCAUAUGAAUAACAACGAGAAACCUCUUGCAAUGUAUUACUUCGGAGGAGUCAACGGAGAAAAUAAAACAAUUUUUGAAAGAGAAAUCCAAUCUGGAAUGAUGGCGGUCAAUGAUUGUCUGAUUCAAGCAUUUAACCCAAAACUACCAUUUGGAGGUAUUGGAUACUCUGGACAAGGAAGCUAUACAGGAAUUGACGGGUUCAAAAACUUCUCUAAUUCUAAAGCUGUUGUCGUAAAGCCUCAGAUUAACAUUGAUUCUAUGAACAGGCUUAUAAUGCCACCAUACAGCAAUAUGGACAAAGCCACCUUGAAAUUUUUGAUAAGCAAGCCUCUGUACCAAGGGCAGGUUCAGAAGUUCUUGAUGUUGCUGCUUCUAUUAAUUGUAGUGCUUGCUUACUUCUAUGCAAUGUAA